GUAUAAUGCACAAAGCACAGAUUCACACUCAAACGAUGCUCGUCCGAACGUGGUGUGGUGCUAAAAUAGCAUGCCCUCCAUCCGAACCAAGUCCCCAGGGUGCGCCGUUGUUGAAGCCGUAUUCGCAUCGAUGCAACGCAGGUGUGAGUGCGACCCAGACUCACACUCGUUGUUGAAGCCGCAUUCGCAUCGAUGCAACGCAGGUGUGAGUGCGACCCAGACUCACACUCGUUCUUGAAGCCUCAUUCGCAUCGAUGCGACGCAGGUGUGAGUGCGACCUAGACUCACACUCAAUGAAGUCAAAAGUGAGUCGGAUGCAGCUGACGCACCUGACUAAUUGCAGACUCUGAAUCGAAUUUGGUCCAUGAAUCAAAAGCGAGUGUGUCUAUUUCGGUUCAUUUUUGGGUUUUUUUUUUUAAUAAAAUGGACAGGACACGACUCGGGACCUCGCCCUUUGCCGCUGCGUUCUCUCUCUCUCCUCCGAUCGUCUCUUCCACGGGCUCCGUCCGGCGACGGGCGUCCGCCCCCACCCCCCAUGAACCAUCGGCGGCAUCCCUUUUCACAAAUAAUGAGCUUCUGCUACGUGAAAGCCACACAUUUUGCAACAGUAAUGUUCAUUAGCUCUUAAAAUGUGUUAAUGAAAACCGGCACUUGCUUGAUGGUUACUUGAGAGUUGAGAAACAUAUAGUGUUAAAUUGCUAAUGCAGGGUGACAGUGUCAUCAUUGCUCUUCUUCUCCUGGUUUCAGUUAUGCUACAUUGAGAAACAUUGUCGAGCAUCCUCUCUGCUGUUUCUUAUUUCUUUUGUUUUAUAUUGAUGAAGUGAAUAUUUAUUCCCUUACUGGAUGUCAUUAUGAGUCUAUGAAACUAUGCAGGAAAUUUAGUAUUAUGAAUCUGGUUGUGUAAUGUGUACUUGUAUUAUUCGAGUGCAUGUGCAUUAAUUUUUUUGAGAUGUGCAACGCCGGCACCUGCACCGCACCACACAUCUUGGUGACAUUGCAUCCGGAUCUUCACCUGAGCUUGGUUCGUAAACCCUAAACACAGCUCCGCAGGGCCUCUCCUAUUCCCUCUCCUGCCAACAGACAAGAGGUUGAGUUUGGUGUGAACGAUGGUGUGGAGAAUGGACGAAGCCGAUAGAGAGGGGGUGAGUCAAGUGAAUGCUGAGGAAGAGGAAGCGUCCUCCAGCGGGUACAGGUUGGUUCCUUGGCAGAGCUGGGAAGAGUGGAACGUGAUCAGAGAAAAACUCCUAUCUUCCUCUCCAGAGUCCGUUCGAGUCGCGCUCAACAGGAUUAAGGCAUGGGAAAGUCGCGGCUGCCUACCGAUUCCGGUGGCAAUUACGGCUGAAAUGGUUGAGGCACGGCUAACUGAUCCGUAUUUCAGAAAGGAUGUGCCGAGCAGUGGGUUAAAUUCAGAAAAGAUGCUUUCCUUGUUAUACUCAAUGGCAAUCAUGAGGCUUGUAAAUGGCUUUGUUGAUCAGUCGCUAGAUGGUACGAAGAAAAGGAUGUCUAUUGCAAAGGCUGCUGAAAAAAUUGGGCUGCCAAGAAUGCUAAUUGAUAUACGACAUGAAUCUUCACAUCGUGGACUUCCAUCACUUCAGUUGCUCCGUUUGGCUAUUGAUAAGGCUCUGAAUUGGCUCCAGGAUUACUAUUGGGAACGUCAGUUGAAAGCAAUGCUUGACAUUUUCAAGGGCAUCAAUUCUUCAUUGUGUAAGAUGGCUCAGUGCAUGAAAGUGAAGAAGGUCAAAGUGAAGAAAGAGAGAAUAGCAACAGUGGAUGGAACAGAAUCUUCAUCCAAGAUGAUAGGUAAUCUAUGCUUCCGCGAGGUCAGGCUGCUACGCCCAGAGUACGAAUUCCAUGUCUCUCCAUGUGACCAGAAUCAACCAGCCUCUUCAACGUAUUCCUAAUGGUAGGAAACGAUCUGGUUGCCAGGGAGAGGAUGCCAGUUUACUGCAAUUGAAACAAGCUAUUAUGACUUUGGAAAAAUCUUUUUGGCUACCUCUUACCCUCCGUCAUGAUUGUAUUUUUGAAGUGUGAUCUUCUUGAAAGUAGAAAGCAUAAUGUACAGAACUUGACAGGCUGGUUCUGCAUCAACAAGUAAUGAGCCAGGCUGGAAUCUGCUGAAGAUGAUGCAUGACAAUCUCCCAACUGCAUCUGCCGGCGUAUGCAUUGCACACAGUCCCUUUUAUGUAAAAUUCUUGCUUUACUUCCAUCCUGACUGUGCCUGCCUCAAGGGGCAUAGCGUAGCUGGUUGAGCUAGGGGCCUGUACUAAGGCAGGUCUCUAGUUCGAUUCUCGUGGGUGUUAUGUUCCUGUGUCUUAAGGCGGUAGGGCGCGACAUAUAAGCUGAAGGGUGCACCGUUGCUAUCGCUGACACCGACGCAGCUCAGGACCCCGGAGGCAGGGGGAAUGGGGGGGCCUUCGGGCCUUUUUCGGGCGGUGGGAUUAAUACCCCUUGCUCACCCGGACUGUGCCUGCUGAUUUGUCUCCAAUGUCUUUUUGUGUAGAACGUAACAGGUUCAUGUUAUUUUAUUUUUUCCAUUUGUUAUACAAAGAACUUGACUGUAACCAAAUGUGCCCAAGAAUCAAUCACAUAAGGCUUCCUUUCUGGUCUCUC